AUAGCUCAACUCGAACUCAAAUAAGAAAAUGCGUUACCUGAGUUAGUUAAUGCGAAUAUCAGCAUAAUCAGAGCCCAGUUUAGAGAAUCAAUCACCAUAUAGAGAGGGAGAUAUGCUUACAUGAGAAAUAGCUAGCAAACUGUACCCACUUAAAAGGAGAAUCGAAGUAGGGGAAGUAUAAUGGCCAACAUUCACAAAUAAGUUAAGAGAAACAGAUACAAGUUAAGAGCGUAAAGCAGCAAAAGAGAUCAAGAGCGCAUAGUUUAGAGAGACACCUUACACCAAAAUCAGCACUAAACACUCUAGCUCAGGUAUCAACCCUCACAAGCGAAGGAUCGUGGUCGAGAGCUGAACACCAAACUGGAUGCUGUUGUGGCUGCAACCACCAGAAUUGCAGGUAAGCAUAGCCACAGUCAAUGAGUAUCUCACUCUUUAUCUGCAAUUUGCUGAGGUGGUGUGUGAUACUCGUUUCGAGAAGAAGUAAAGAAUUCCUGUGCAUUUAUGUGCACUAAGGUGAACGAGGAAAAGGUACAAAUAGCGCAGCAACGGCGGGAAGGGCAUCAUUCAGCCGUAGAGCGCUACAGAAUCAACAGGACAAAGGCGUCAAAUCAAAGUGCAAACACUUAAAAAGCGCAUAAAGACGCAUUUCUUAGAAAAAAGAAAAAAACUCACACAGCAGCAUGGCACUCGGCAGCAUAACCAGCAAUAGUAAUCAUCAUCAGCAUCAACUCUAUCAACGGCAGCUCAGUACAACGCGUAUCACUCAUCAGCAGCAUCAACCGCCGCGUGCCAUCGCACCGGCGCCGACACCACUCGUCUUGCCAGCCGUUGGCAAAACGCCCGGGGCGAAAUAUUAUGGCGGCGCCAGUGGCACCACACUCGACUCCAACAACCCGGCUGUAGUGCGACGCAAUGCACGCGAACGUAAUCGCGUCAAGCAAGUGAACAACGGUUUCACACAUCUACGCAAACACUUACCGCCUGCCAUCGUCGCAGAUUUGAGUAACGGCCGCCGUGGUAUUGGACCGGGUGCACUUAAAAAACUUUCCAAAGUGGACACACUGCGCAUGGCUGUGGAAUAUAUACGCCGAUUGAAGCGCGUCAUUGACGAAGUCGAUGAUGUAAAGCGUGCGAAUGCGCAAGCGCCAACCAAGGCAUGGUCGAAUAUGGCAACAAGCGCGUCCGAUUCGCCACCACCAACGCCACCCAAAGCAGACAUGCAGAUGUCGUUGCUGGCUAAUAAAAUGCAACAACACUAUCAAGCAUUCAACUACGCUGAUAGUUUGCAACAACAGCAAUUCAUCAACCUGAAAUAUCAACAGCCACAAUUGCAGCAAAAUGCGUUCAAUCCAUAUCCAGCGUUAAUAUCCCCAGCUGGUUCAGUUAGCUCUAGCGUCGGCAGCGACUCGGAUGCGUCGUCGUUUUACAAUCAGCCGACAACGAUUUUGGCAGAGACGCAACAAUUUUCGCUGCCUCUGCAAAUGAAAUAUGAGCAACAGUACAAUGAGGUGGCAACGGCGUGCACCUCGGACGAUGAGGAGGACCUGCUGGACUAUAUCUCCUUGUGGUAGACUGAUGCGUAAAGCUGGGCGGCAAUAGGGAGCGAUGGAGACUUGAGAAGCUAGUCAGCUGAUCGUUGACUUAAAUAACCAAUGACUGAAACUGCGUAUUAUUACCUCACUUGGAAUUUGUUAGUAUUGUAUUAUUUGUAUGUAAAUUAUUUAUUUAUUAUUAUUUUUCGCAUAUUUUGCGCGUUUUUAGUUUUAAAUUUUUGUUAAUAGUAUUUUAAGAUUUAAUCUAAUAAUGGAAGACAAUAAUUUAAGGUAAUAGUUUUAAGUUGCAAACCUC